UGCAGCCUAGAGCCGGCUCUGCAGCACAGCUCUAACAGAGUGAGUGGAGUUAGGAUUGGCCGGUUUGGCGUGAAGGAAGGGCAGAGUGCUGGGAGGUUUCUCGUAGGAUGAGUUAGAGUAUGUUGGUUUAACACGUGCUAGGAGGUGAGAAAGAAAGCGCUUUGUGUGUCUGCGCACACAAAGCUCACAAGCUCUGCAGUCAUACCGGGCAUGAGAGACAGAACACAUGGGCUUCCAAGAGGACAAGACAACACACGCAGCCUUGAGAUGACACAUCCCCCUCCCCUUUUCUUCUUCGGUCUUGCUGCUUUCCUCUGUCUUCCCUAAGGCUCCCAUCCUUUAGCAAACAGGGCUGAAUUAAUCAGAGCUGUCUGCGCUAAGAGGAUCAAUAGCUAACGCUGUGCUGUACAUGAGUGGAGCAGGCAGACUCCGUUUACUCUUGAUGCAUUUUCACUGCUUGAGGGUUGUGUGAGUGGGACCUGCCCUGUUGUUUUGCUCUAUGGCAUCCCAGCGCAUUGCAGGACGGCAUAGACAAAGGAACUUUGUGCUUCCCGAGGCUUCCUGGAUGCACGGGCAUGCAGCUUCCAGUUGAAAAUGACACAAUUCAUUUGGACAGAAAUACAACAGCAUAUGAGAAUAUUGAAGGGCAGUGCUGAGACUUCACAAUGGGAUGACAGUGACAUUUUUUCUCUGCGAAUUCUGUGCAAAAAAGCAAGAAAGUGAUGACUCCUUUAACAUGCUUUGCUUUUGGUUUGGACUCACUUUUAUGUGGGUCUCCUGGCUGGUUUUCUUUUAGCAUCUUUUUUUUUUUUUUUUUGGAAUUUACAUUCUUAUGUGUGGACAUGGUUAUUUCUUUUGCCUUACAACUUUCUUAUGGAGUUAAUUUAGGACUAUGUCUUUGAAAAGGAUUUAAGAAAAAGUAUGUAAGGAGUGGGAACAAUGACAUUCUCUAGAUCUGUUUGAGGGAUUUUUUAUUUUGUAAUUUUUUUUCUAUUAUCUUACUUUGGCUUAAAUGAAGACUGGCUGUAGUUACACAAGACGGGAUCAGAAAAUGAUGCAAGUCAAUAAUUUCCCACUCAGAAGGCAUUCGUGGAUAUGCUUUGACGUGGACAAUGGCACGUCGUCAGGAAGAAGUCCCCUGGAUCCCAUGACCAGUCCAGGUUCAGGCCUCAUCCUUCAGGCCAACUUUCCACACAGCCAGAGGAGGGAGUCCUUCCUCUACCGCUCAGACAGCGACUAUGACCUGUCGCCCAAGUCCAUGUCCCGCAACUCAUCCAUUGCCAGCGAUAUGAAUAACCAUCUGCAGAGGCCAGGCCUGGUGUCUCGGCGCUCUGAGCCGGUUAUUAGUGGAACUCAUGGGGACGACCUGAUUGUAACACCGUUUGCCCAGGUACUGGCCAGUUUGAGAACAGUGCGGAACAAUUUUGCAGCAUUAACCAACUUGCAGCAAGAAAGAACCACAAAUAAGAGGGCUCCCAUGUGUAACCCAACUCCUCUUCCCAAAGCCUCCUUUACAGAGGAGGCCUACCAGAAGCUGGCCACCGAGACACUGGAGGAGCUUGACUGGUGCCUGGACCAGCUGGAGACGCUGCAGACCCGCCACUCUGUCAGCGAGAUGGCCUCUAACAAGUUCAAGAGGAUGCUGAACAGGGAGCUCACCCACCUGUCUGAGAUGAGCCGGUCUGGAAACCAGGUCUCUGAGUACAUCUCCAACACUUUCUUAGACAAGCAGCAUGACGUGGAGAUGCCCUCACCUCAAACUCAAAAGGAGAAGGAGAAGAAAAAAAAGCCCAUGUCACAAAUAAGUGGCGUAAAGAAGCUAAUGCACAGUACCAGCCUCACAAACUCUAACAUCCCCCGCUUUGGGGUCAAAACAGAUACUGAAGACUCCUUAGCCAAGGAACUAGAAGACGUAAACAAAUGGGGCCUUAAUGUUUUCAGAGUCACAGAUUUUUCCGGAAACAGGCCGUUAACGGUGAUGAUGUACACAAUAUUUCAGGAGAGAGAUUUGCUUAAAACGUUUAAAAUUCCAUUAGAUACUUUUAUAACAUACCUGAUGACCUUAGAAGACCAUUACCAUGCUGACGUGGCAUAUCAUAACAAUAUUCAUGCUGCUGACGUAACGCAGUCCACACACGUGCUGCUUUCCACGCCUGCUCUAGAGGCCGUUUUCACAGACCUUGAAAUUCUUGCUGCCAUUUUUGCCAGUGCUAUUCAUGACGUUGACCACCCGGGUGUUUCAAACCAGUUCCUCAUUAACACCAACUCGGAGUUGGCCCUCAUGUACAAUGACUCAUCAGUGCUGGAAAACCAUCACCUGGCAGUAGGCUUUAAGCUGCUCCAGGAAGAGAACUGUGACAUCUUCCAGAACCUUACCAAAAAACAGAGACAAUCCCUCCGGAAGAUGGUGAUCGACAUCGUAUUAGCCACUGAUAUGUCCAAACACAUGAACUUACUGGCUGACUUGAAAACGAUGGUCGAGACAAAGAAGGUGACAAGUUCUGGAGUCCUGCUCUUGGAUAAUUAUUCAGACAGGAUACAAGUGCUGCAGAACAUGGUGCACUGUGCAGACCUAAGUAACCCUACCAAACCACUGCAGCUAUACCGGCAGUGGACAGACCGCAUCAUGGAAGAGUUCUUCAGCCAGGGUGACCGUGAGCGGGAGCGAGGCAUGGAGAUCAGUCCCAUGUGUGAUAAACACAAUGCAUCUGUUGAGAAAUCCCAGGUGGGCUUUAUCGACUACAUUGUCCACCCCCUGUGGGAGACAUGGGCUGACCUGGUGCACCCAGAUGCUCAGGACAUCCUGGACACGCUGGAGGACAACAGAGAGUGGUACCAGAGCACCAUCCCUCAGAGCCCUUCUCCUGCACCAGAGCAGAAUGACGAGAGCGGACGACCCGCUGUAACGAACACCACAGACAAGUUCCAGUUCGAGCUCACGCUGGAGGAGGACGGAGAAACAGACACGGAAAAGGACAGCGGCAGUCAGGCUGAAGAAGAGGAAGAGGAGGAUGACGACGACGAUGACUCCAAAACACUCUGCACGCAGAACUCUGAGUGUACUGAGAUUCCGCUGGAUGGACAGACAGAGGGAGAGGAAGGAGACGAGGAAGUGCAAGUGUGUGAGGAAGCUUCUGUAGAACCAAGUAUGGUAGAUGAAGAAGAGGAGGAGGAAGGAACGUAGCAGUGCAAGAGUCAUUCACCCACUGCUAACCAUGUCUCAGUGAAAUGCACACGCAGAGGGAAGAUUAAUAAUGGCGGGAGGAGGAAAGUUCCAAAGCGCACCUUGCACUCCACAACCUCAGCCGCUGCUCUCUCUCCUGGACACCCGAGGACACACAUACUCUGGUACAUUGUCCUUUUUUGCACUCAGGAAUAACAUUUUAUUUUUCUUUGCUGUUUUAUUUGUUAUUUCCUACCAUCACCGUAUCCCCCCCACCCCAAAAAAAAAGUCUGUGCAUCUGGGCCCUGGUGUGUGUGUAUGUGUGUGUGCACUCCCUGGCACAUGGUUGGAACCCAAACCAAUGUCCUUUCAAUCCCUUUGUUUGGGCAGCAGUAAGAAAAACCUGAAAGACACACACAACACACACAUAUGGCACAAGGAGGUGAAGAGAGCUGCAGCAGGUAUGGCCACGAGGGGAAAACAGGAAGUUUAUUGGAAUGUGUUCUCUGGCUUUUUCUACAUUUAAGUCUUCCUGAAAACCUGACUAAACACACACAUAUUAUAUAUACUGUACACACAUAGCUCAGUGCUGUCAUGGCCUGUUUCUGUUUUUUUUUUUUUUUUUUUUUUUUUUGGGGGGGGGGGUAAAAACACAUUGAGACUCUUUUUACAUGAACGCUUGUUUUUUUUACAAAAACAGCAAAGAAAAUUUCUAGUAACGAGUAACUUGCAAGUAUGUGUUUGUGUUGGGCAGCGGGUUUAACGCUCUACUUUAUAACUUCAUUCAACACUGCUGUGUCUGUUUCAUUAAUCGCGCACAAUCUCUUCAGUCAAGUUUCAUUCCUAUUUUUCUUUUUUUCUUUCAUUCAGCUCUAGUGAGCCUUAGCCAGAACUGAUUUUUUUGUAUGCCACAAAGCAUACAUUAUUUCUUCUGGACUUUUGCUUGUACAUUAUAUUUGAGUGGACGCACAUUUAAAAUGAACCUCAUUAUAUUAAACCUACAUUAUACACGUUGCCAGGAACGUCAACGAGGCCAUUAGAUCAAACGCUUUUCUAUUUCCUGUUACGCAAACAUUUAGACUGUUUUUGCCAACAUCCUGUGCUGAGUUUGUCUUGCGUCAGAUCUCAUUUAGCAUUUACUUUUCUACGAGACAAGCAAUUUUCUGAGACACAUGAACUGUACAUUUCGGUGUGUUAGAAGCUUGGGCUUUUCUAACCCACCUGAAUCGUGUUCCUUAUGAUAUGCCUUUUAUAUUUCACUUUGCCGGAUCUCAUCUCAAACAUAGUAUACGCGUCAAAUAGAGCUUUCCAUUCAAAUUUAUCUGUACGUACUGCCCGGAUUGAAGGUCUAUCUAAAAACCCAUUAAAUAAAUUCUCAUUGAUCAUAUCUCACACACACAGCAUUGCUGUGCGAUGGUGUUUGGGCAGUGAAUCACCCAGUCUGAUUGAGAGCUUACUUAGGGCUAGAACUCGAGUCUCACUUUUCAUGCCAAACCCACACUCACGCACUGUUCUUGCACUAUAGGACUCUCAGCACUUAGCCAAGUGGCUGUUCAUUUCUCUAUAUUUAUACGUUUAUGGUUUUUAUUUAUUGGUUUGUAUGUUCUAGUGGCUGUAUAUAUGAAGCAGUACUGUAGAACAUAAACUGUAGCAUAGACGGCAUGUUACUUGCAAGUUACUUUCUUUCGUUCUUUUUUCUCCACAUGGUGAGUGUGUACAUAGAACAAACAUUUUUAAGAAGAAGAUUCUUCACUAAAACUUGAAUCUUGGCUUUUAAGUUGUAGUGAUUUGUUUAGAUGUUUUUACUUUUUUUAUUUAAGUUUUGUGCCAUUUUUUUUUUUUUUUUUUUUUUUUGCCUCACCAAAAUGACCUUACCUGUUAUGGGUUUUGUUUUGUCUCUGUUUACAGACAUGUAUUUAUUGCAUUGUAUAUACUGUAAUGUUUAUUGUAAAUGAUAAGCGAUUCUUACUCUAUCAUCCCUAAUGGCGAUGGUGUUGCUGUAUUUAGUAAACUCUUGUUGAGAGAAUGUUUAUUAUAGCUAUUAUACAAUGUAAAGAUUCUGUAAAAAAAAUGAAAAUGGAAGUAGUCACCUUUGAGCUUGUUUAAUGAAGAACCAGGGGAAAGCCAAACAAUAUGACGCCACUGGUGUUUGGCCCCAGGGCUGUGCCUUAACUUCAGCGUCUUUAGAUUUCUCUGUAUUCGUCCCUCUUUCCUGAUAAGGGAGCAGUAGUGCACAUGGGGAAGUCCUGUCCGUUUUGCUACCUGGUUAUCAGAGUAAGUGCUAUGUUGUAAAGUUAUGGUUCUGUAUGCUGCUGCAGUUUUUUUGCAUCGAGACUGGCACAAAAGCAAACAUUCUUCAUUCAUUGCCUGGCUUUGAAUGCCACACGCAAUGCCCCCCAAUGCAAUAGACACAUGUAGGAGAACGGUGGGCUCGCCAGCUGCAUAGAUCCACCCUUCCGUUGUACUUUCAUGCUGUUCUGAAAUGUGUUCAGGUACUGUGUGCUGCCGUUGUCUCAUCCAGCCUUGUAGAUGUGCUCAUGCACUACGCAAAACUUUAGAGUUUGUGUGUCAAGAGCCUUUUUUUUCUGACACGCAUACUGUAGAUUAUAGCAGCCCUGGACCAAAGCCAGUCAUGGCUAUUAUUAUUAUUAUUAUUAUUACUACUUGUAUUUUUCAGUGUCAUUAAAAGGUACAUAAACUGGUACUUCAGAAUUUAACUCAUUAGGUUACAUCUUUUCAAUGACCUUUUUACACUUCUUUCACUGGAUACAUUGUGGUUUGACAGAACUGUAGUUUCUGCUUCACUCCGUUUGAAGAACAUUUAAAACGAGAGGAAACAUUUUUAUAUGCAACAUAAGAAAUAAAAGCAUGAGUUCAUUAA